CGUGUGAAAACGACUUCCAAACGGGCUUAUAAACACACACACCGUAACCCGGUGUGGCCUCUGUGACACAGCUAUAGCAGCAUAGUAAUGGAGGCUACCGCUGCCAAGCCCCCUCUCCACACGCUCACCUUCUCACGUGCAACGGUCGCGAACCGUGUGUUCGCGGCCGUCUACAUGUGCGCCGUCCUCGCUUUUCUCUAUCAGCAUGCGCUCAGGGCCCUCAACUCCACCACCUUCCUCUCCUUCUCUCUCUCCCUCACCUUCCUAUUCGCCGACCUCCUACUCGGCUUCAUGUGGGCCACCGGCCAGUGCUUCCGCAUGCGGCUGGUCCACCGCCACGUCUUCCCGGAAAACCUCCUGAAAGUGACGAGGGAGGGGGAUUUUCCGGCGAUGGACGUGUUCAUAUGCACGGCGGAUCCAGACAAGGAGCCACCGAUGAGCGUGGUGAACACGGCGCUGUCGGUGAUGGCGUACGAUUAUCCGGCGGAGAAGCUGUCGGUUUAUGUGUCCGACGACGGCGGGUCGGCUUUGACUCUGUUUGCUUUCGUGGAGGCUGCUAAGUUUGGGAGCCACUGGUUGCCCUUUUGUAGGAGGAACAAAGUAGUGGAGAGAUGUCCCGAGGCUUAUUUCAGAUCGAAUUACCCUCGGUCCAAUGAAACAAAGCAAAUAAAGGUGAUGUACGAAAGUAUGAAGGAACGGGUGGAGAACGUGGUCGAUUCAGGAAAGGUUACCGAUGACUACAUCACUAACGAACAAGAACGCCAAGCUUUUAACAAAUGGACUGCUCAAGGCUUUACUCGUCAAGAGCAUCCCACCGUUGUUCAGGUUUUGUUGGAGAUAGGCAAAGACAAAGACAUCACGGGCCAAUCAAUGCCAAAUCUUAUCUAUGUUUCUAGACAGAAAAGCAGAACCUCACCACAUCACUUUAAGGCUGGUGCUCUAAAUGCCUUGCUUCGAGUAUCGGCUGUCUUGACUAAUGCACCUAUAAUCCUGACUUUGGACUGCGACAUGUACUCAAACGAUCCCCAAACACCUUAUUCCAUGCUAUGUUACCUCUUUGACACCACAAUUACCCCUGAAUUAGGGUACGUUCAGUUUCCACAACGCUUUCGUGGACUCAACAAAAACGACAUCUAUGCCUGCGAGUUUAGGCGCGAGUUCCUCAUUAAUUCGGCGGGACUGAAUGGGCUGGCAGGUCCCAAUCAUGUCGGGACUGGAUGUUUUUUCUCUCGCCGAGUUUUCUUCGGAGGUCCCUCGUCUUUCGUGUCUCCCGAAAUACCCGAAUUGAGACCCGACCAUGUCGUAAAAGGGCCCAUUCAGGCCCAAUCAACCUUGGCUAUGGCACACCAGGUGGCGGAUUGCAAGUACGAGGACCAAACUAAUUGGGGUUCCAAGUUGGGCUUCAGAUAUGGGUCUUUGGUUGAGGACUUUUAUACGGGCUACCGGCUGCAAUGCGAGGGAUGGAAGUCCGUGUUUUGCCACCCAAAUAGGCCUGCAUUUUUAGGGGACACGCCGAUCACCCUCAAUGAUGCCCUAAAUCAAACAAAGCGAUGGUCCGUGGGUCUUCUUGAGGUGGGCUUCUCCAAAUACAGUCCAGUAACUUUUGGCGUCCGGGCUAUGGGCCCAAUAAUGGGUCAUUACUAUGCACACUAUGCUUUUUGGCCCAUUUGGUCCAUUCCACUCACCAUUUAUGCCUUCCUCCCUCAGCUGGCUCUUGUGAAUGGAAUCUCCAUUUUCCCCAAGGUAUCGGAUACCUGGUUUUUCUUAUAUGUAUUUCUAUUUCUCGGGACCUACGUACGAGAUUGCCUCGACUUCAUUUUAUCCGGAGGGACAUUUCAAAGGUGGUGGAAUGACCAAAGGAUGUGGAUGUUAAGGGGAGUGACAUGUUUCCUUUUCGGAUCCAUUGAAUUCUUAACCAAGUGCUUAGGCAUUGCCGCACACGGGUUCAACCUCACGAGCAAAGUACUAGACAGCGAACAGAGCAAGAGGUACGAUCAGGGGACCUUUGAGUUCGGAGUCGAAUCCCCCAUGUUUGUGCCACUGUCAACGGUGGCAAUAAUCAAUCUAAUCGCGUUUUUCGGAGGGUUGGUUGGAGUUUUCAGGGGAGGAGAUUUCGACGGGUUGUUUGUCCAGAUUUUUAUAGCUGGUUUUGUGGUGGUCAAUUGCUGGCCAAUUUAUGAAGCCAUGGUUUUGAGGACAGAUAAAGGGAGAAUGCCUACUAAGACUACUCUCAUUUCCACAUUUCUUGCUUGGGCACUAUACUCAGCAGCUUCUCACAUACCACAGAUAUGAAGGGGGGGAGGGGGGCAGGUGGUUUCAUUUCAAUGAAAAACUGAAAAACAAAGGAACAAUUUUUUUUAUGCAUGUUAUUCCUAUUAUUUUCAAUAAAUUAUUUCUCUUGUAGGGUAAA